AUGAUGGAUCACAGACUCACCCUGAGAACAGCAGCCAAGAAAACAGGAUCAAGGCUCGCUGCCUCUCCUGCACAUCCAUGGUUCUGAAGGCCGUCUGGGGACUCUUGAUCAUCUUGUCAGUGUCAUCAUCUUGGGUUGGAACCACACAGAUUGUAAAAAUUACUUAUAAGAACUUCUACUGCCCAUUUUUCAUGACCUGGUUUUCAACAAACUGGAACAUUAUGUUUUUCCCAGUCUAUUAUUCUGGUCAUCUGGCCACUGCUCAAGAAAAGCAAUCUCCAAUGAAAAAAUUCAGGGAAUGCAGUCGGAUUUUUGGGGAAGAUGGUCUGACGUUGAAGCUCUUUCUUAAAAGAACUGCUCCCUUUUCUAUUCUAUGGACUUUGACUAACUACCUGUAUUUACUGGCUUUAAAGAAGCUGACAGCCACGGAUGUGUCUGCUCUGUUCUGUUGUAACAAAGCAUUUGUCUUCUUGCUGUCAUGGAUCGUGCUGAAAGACAGGUUCAUGGGAGUGAGGAUAGUUGCUGCAAUAAUGGCCAUUACGGGCAUCGUCAUGAUGGCGUAUGCCGAUAAUUUCCAUGCUGACUCCAUCAUAGGUGUGGCCUUUGCAGUGGGCUCAGCCUCUACGUCUGCAUUAUAUAAGGUUUUGUUCAAGAUGUUUCUUGGAAGUGCCAACUUUGGUGAAGCAGCACACUUUGUCUCCACGUUGGGUUUCUUCAAUUUAAUCUUCAUCUCCUUUACGCCAGUCAUCCUGUAUUUCACCAAGGUGGAGCACUGGUCCUCCUUUGCAGCUCUGCCGUGGGGCUGUCUCUGCGGGAUGGCAGGGCUGUGGUUGGUCUUCAACAUCCUGGUGAACGUUGGCGUGGUGCUGACAUAUCCGAUCCUAAUCUCCAUUGGGACAGUGCUCAGUGUUCCUGGAAAUGCAGCGGUGGAUCUCCUGAAGCAGGAGGUGAUAUUCAAUGUCGUCCGCCUGGCCGCCACCAUCAUCAUCUGCAUUGGGUUUCUGCUGAUGCUGCUGCCCGAGGAGUGGGAUGAAAUUACCCUGAGAUUCAUCAACAGCCUGAAGGAAAAGAAGGGAGAGGAGCACAUGGAUGACAUCACAGACUCCAGUGUACACCUGCGGAGCAGGAGCAGGGCCAAUGGGACAGUGUCUAUACCACUGGCUUGAAUGCACGUGUAUGUAUAUUCUGUGAAUAUAACAAAAUUUUCUCACUCCCUGUACACUCACACGACAGUAUUAACUCUGAAUUUGGACAAGUCAUAUGUGAAAUAAUGCCAACAAUAAAAGUUUACAUUUAUAUGCUUAUCAAGGAACUGGUGUAAACAAUCAUAAUAAAUUUUUUUUAUUAAAACAUA